ACUGUUUGCUGUUUGAUUUUGAAGAGCUUUGAUGAAGAAGGUCACGGCUUUGGAGCAUAAAGUGCACAGACGGGCCCUGAGCAAGGAGAGUUUCAUCAGCUACAUCCAGUAUGAAAUUAACUUUCUGGAAUUGAUCAGGAGACGGCGAGUGCGAGCUGGCUACUACUUUAAGAAAGAUGAAAUCGAAUACGCUAUUAUUAAUCGCAUUCAUGCGUUGUUCAGGCGAGCGCUCUCAAAGUGGAAGGCGGAUGUCCAGUUGUGGCUCUCACACAUCGCAUUUUGCAAGAAAUGGAAUGUCAAGUUGAAGCUGAGCAAAGUGUUCUCGGAGAUGUUGGCCAUUCAUCCAGACAAACCAGCUUUGUGGAUAAUGGCAGCAAAGUGGGAGAUGGAGGAUCAGUUAUCGUCAGAAAGUGCCAGACAUUUAUUCCUGCGAGCUUUGCGUUUCCACCCAGAAUCUCAGAAGCUGUAUCAGGAGUAUUACCGGAUGGAGCUGAUGCACGCCGAGAAGAUGCGGAAGGAGAAACAGCUGCUGGAAACGGCAAAGCUGCAGCUGACCGAGGCAGAGUAUCCCGAGGAGAUUGUCUGUGGGCACUUGGCUCGUAUUGUUUAUAAGAAUGCCAUCGAGAAGAUCCCCGGGGAUGCAGAGUUCCACCUCUCAUUUUGGAAAAUUGCCGAGAUGUUUGAUUUCACGCAGGACAUUCAGAAAGAGAUCGUGGAGGACCUCCAGACUCUGCACGCUGACCAGCCAGUGUGCUGGGACUUUGUGGCCAGGCAGAAGUUAGACACAGAAGUGCCGUCGGUGCCAGCCUGCUCCAAACAGACAAAAGCUUUGAAUAUUGUCCAAAGAGAGGAGCAGUGCUGGGCUGUGUACGAGGAAGCCGUUGUCUCUGUGCCUACAGAAGCCAUGUGGAAAUGUUAUAUCAGUUUCUGCCUGGAAAGGUUUAAACGGAAAACUAACAAUGAAUUUCUUCGUAAUAAGAGGCUGGACAAGGUGCUCAAUGUUUUUGAGAAGGCGCAGGAAUCCUCGCUGUUACCCCAGGCUCUCUAUAAGCAGUGGCUUCAAUUAUUAGUGGACCUUGGGGAUGCGGAGAAAGCAAUUGGAUUGGUCAAGUCUGCAAGCGCUAAUUUUGCCGGUUCAGUGCAGCUGUGGCAGGGCAGCCUGGAGAUUCUGAUCGAGCUGCAGAGUCCAGAUGUCAGCGCCAUCUUCCAGCAGGCUGUCCAGAAGGUCCCUGUCAAGGAUGCUUUGCCACUCUGGCUUCUCUGUUUGGAUUGGAGUGAAAGUAGAAAUAGUGCUCAUGAGACUGAGUCACUGUAUCAGCGUGCACUGCAGACACAGGUCACAGCUGCCUCUGUCGCUGUGAAAGAGAGAUACCUGGACUGGGCCCUUAAGACCGGAGGCUACAAGAGAGCACGGAAAGUCUUCACUCGUCUUUGUGAAAACAGACCCUUUUCUUUAGAGUUUUUCAAGAAAAUGAUUGCAAUUGAAAAGCAGCAGCAGGAAUACAGUCGAAUGGAGCGUAUCAGGGAAUAUUAUGAGCAGGCACUAAGGGAGUUUGGAUCCACAAAUGCUGAUCUGUGGCUGGAGUAUAUCAAGGAGGAGCAGGAGCACCCACAGGGUAAGCCUGAGCUGACGGGUCAGAUCCACUGGAGAGCCAUGAAGGUGUUGGCUGGAAUCGAGGUGGAGAGGUUCGUGUCUCAGUACACCCUGCUACAGACCGGGCACUUGUAACUUCACCAACAUCUCAUUCUGAACAAAACCUUCAGCUUGUCAACGUUUGAACAUUCCCAGUCAUUCCUGGAAUCUGUCGCCAUGUGGAGGAUUCUCACACUGAUGUAAAAUUUACCUUGUUUGGAUCUCAGGAUCUCUCCUGUGUCUCAGGCAGACCCUGCUGGUGUGCCUGGGGUAACACUAGGACACACUCAGUCUGAACCUGGCCUGUAAUGUGUUAGUGAUGGAUCUAAUCUCAAUGUGAAUGAGAAUAAACCAGGAAGCUUUACGCUGGAGCCGGAAUGCUGAGCUCUGGAAAACCGAA